AUAGAGAGAAAGGAGAAAGCAAGUGAGAGCUCUCGGAGUAGUGACAAGAGACAUGCGCGAAAAGUCGUAGCUAAAUUGCUCUUGGAUCUUCUCAUUUCUCCAGCAACCAUGGCAUUAUCAGCACUUGGUUUACAAUUUCUUGCGUUAAUUCUGACACUUGUGAGAGGUGAUCUUGAUAUCUUCAAUGAAAUGGAUGAAGCCUUGACCUAUUUCAAUAGAUUACAGGCCAACUUAACAUGGCAGGCUCUAACUGGAUCGGGAGAAUUUGACUUGAAAUUAAUGGCUGAAAUUGGCGAGGCUCAAAUAAAAUGGAAAAAUGAGAAAUGCUCGAUGUUGGAAGGAAAUGCUCGAACUGCAAAAUCAAAUUUUAGACCAGGAAGAUCGUAGAAAAAUUUCAAUUUUGUGUAGAGGACCUAGGUAUACCGCUGAUCAAGCAAGAGAGAUGGCUGCCAUUUUGAAAGACCUCCAAUCGCUGUACGUGGACAGUAAGGUUUGCCGCGGCCCGCAACUGCCCUGCUACGCGGCUGAGCCCGACUUGGAGCGACUGUUCGCGACCAGUCGCGACGCGGCCGAACUGCUCUGGGCCUGGCAUGAGUGGCGCGACCAAGUCGCAGCGGCUAGACCGCUCUACGCGCAGCUAAUCGCUAUUCAGAAUCAAGCUGCUCAAAGUCAAGGCUACCAUGACAUAGGCGAAUGCUGGAGAGAGGAACUGGAAAUACCCAACUUGGCUCACUUGGUUGAGCGACUCUACGACGAUGUCAGGCCUUUGUUCACUAUGUUACAUGCCUAUGUCAGACAUAGAUUGUCAAUAGUUUAUGGCAAAGAUGUUGUCUCACCCACCAAACCGAUUCCUGCACACUUAUUGGGCAACCUGUGGGCGCAGACCUGGGACAACAUAGUCGACCUAAUCGUGCCCGACCUGGCCGCCCGCUUCAAUCUCGACCGGAAGUUGAAAGGUGACCGGAAGUGGACUGUUCCACACAUGGCGCGCCGAGCCGAGGCGUUCUACACGUCCAUGUCACUGCCUCCCAUGACCGCCGCCUUCUGGAGGGAGUCCCGGCUGGAGAACCAAAAUGGCCGCCAGUGUCAUGGCUCCGCUGCAAACAUGUUUACACAAGAUGAUUACAGAAUUCUAAUGUGUGCCGAACCUAGCAUGGAGGAUUUCUAUGUUCUUCACCAUGAACUGGGUCACAUACAGUAUUACAUGGCUUACAAAGAUCAACCAGCAAUAUUCCAGGAUGGUGCAAAUUCAGCGUUCCAUGAGUCAAUAGGUGACGCAAUAAUGUACGGUGUAAUGACUCCUCACCAUCUCAAGCGUUUGAGUCUAAUUGAUUCGGCUGUCGAUCCUGACCUGGACAUCUACCUACUGCUGAGAUCAGCCCUGAACAAACUCCCGCAACUGGGCUUCGGCCUGGCCCUGGAGCAGUGGCGUUGGGGGGUGCAAGCAGGGAGUGCAGGGGGGCACCAAAACCCCCCCUCGCACUGGAACACCCUCUGGUGGCGGAUGAGGGAACUACAUCAGGGCAUCCAACCACCAACUCUACGCAGUGAUAGCUUUCACUUUGAUCCGGCCGCUAAGUUCCAUAUCGUCGAUAACACCCCCUAUAUCAGGUAUGUAGUGGGUGGUUUUCUGCAAAUGCAGAUAUUUGAAGCCCUGUGUGAAAAUGCGAAGGGGAAGUAUGAGCCACUUCAUCGCUGUGACAUUUACAAUUCCACCGCUGCAGGCUCCAAACUAAGGAAAAUGAUGAGCUUAGGCAGCAGUCGACACUGGUCCGAAGCAUUGUCCGUUCUCACAAAUGGAAAAAAUGUCAAAAUUUCCAGCGCCGCCAUUUUGAAAUACUAUCAACCCCUGGCUGUCUGGCUCAAACAGCAAAUAGCAAAGCUCUCCAUUCCAGUUGGGUGGUAGGGCACUCAAGGAAUUGUUAUCUAAUCUAAAUAUUGUGGAAAAUUCAUGGAAACACCAUCAUCUCCUUCAAGAAACAUCAACAAAUCUCAGUGUAAAAUACUAGCUUAUAUUUAAAUAACUCAUAGUUUGCAAUGUGCGAUAAUGAAUAUUCCUUAAAAUAUGGUAUUGAAUAAAAUAAUGUAAACAAGGUGAUAUGCGUUUAAUGAUGUGGUAUAGGAAUUUAUUUUAAUAUAUCAAGUCUGUAAAGGAAACUUUUUGUGUAGUUGAGAAGUUGAUACUGUGGUAAUUAUUCUUAUUGAUUGAAAAAGACUAAGAAAUUGUCAAAAACCACAGAUUUAUUGAU